AUGGCGAACGAAAAACAGGAGCAGCAGCAGCAAGAGGCAUUGCCUCUUCUUGAAGGCGCAGAUGCAAAUGCAUGUGUCGUCGAGCUACCGGUUGAUGGCGGGCGCUGCCUUUUGUGCACCGUCCGAAGGCACCCUGAGAGCUCAGGUUCUGACAGGGAGGUGGCACAGGUUCUCUUUUCCUUUAAGGAGCCCUUUUUUGGACCACACGAGGCGUCUAAGAAGCUCUUACUGCACUGGGGUGUAGCUAGGAACCCAGGGGAGUGGCUGCCGCCCGAAGGCGAGUUCAGGGAACAGCUGCGCAGCAAUGGCUCGCCGGUACAGUUUGGCGAGACGGCGACCGAUAUCCCCUUUCCGUCCCCCAACUCCUCUCCGCCACCGGUUUUGGACUUGAGUUUCCCUGUAGAUGCAGCCCCUGAGUACUUGGUUUUUGUACUCCACUCCCCUCCCCAUGAGUGGUUCAAGCAGACGACUCCGGGCCGGCCGUCUACGAACUUCAUGCUUCCUCUGAAACAGGCACUUAAGCAGCUGGUGUCUAGAACCGCUUUCCUAAAGGCCAUUGAUGCAUACAAGAAGUCACAGCCACUUCAGCACAUCAAGCCAUCCACCGCACACUACUGGCGAAUUCCAGUCAACGACGGCGACAUGCAGCUUUUGGCAUUGACAUUCGUUAGCAAGGAUGCUUGCGGCUUGGAAAUCUUCUGCAACUGGCCGGCGGCUCUUUUGCUGCACUGGGGAACAGCAGAGACGCAAACAAGCCCAUGGAAACGCAUGGAACUGAACAAGAUGCUCAUGCACGUUGACAGUAAUCGCCAGCAGGAAGAUGAGCGGCAGCACGGACUGAAAGCUGAAGACACGAAAAUUGCGGAUGGGACAGAUCGAAGCCGACCUGGGAAGGAAAGAAACGUGGAUGAACAGCAGUACUCCAAGGACUCUCCAGAAGAGCAGUGCAACCUUGAGACGCUCUACGGAACUUUUGCGCACUAUCCAAUCGACAACAAAGCGGCACAAACCUUGUUUGAGUUCUGCGAGACUUCUAGGAGCGUGGGUUUCCAGCACGUUGCUCUAUGUUUCAGAGGAGAUGCCGUGCCGUGCGGAGUGUCGUUUGUGUUGAAAGAGGUAAUGGCUGACCGGUGGUUCGCCGACCGCACAGGGGACUUCUUCGUAAAGCUCCCUACGCAUCGUUAUUGGGAAACCCUAAGGGAAAAAUACAGAAAGAUUGCAGAGUUGAGAGCUGCGGAGGAGGAGAAAGAGAGAGAAGAAAGAAAGAAGAAGUGGAACGAUGCUCAACAAGCAUUCAACAAGUUCGCGCAGGAACAGGACGCGGCAACUGCUCUGUCGUUGCGUCGCGUGCCUCUCUCGGAGGGAAUUGGGGAGCUUUUGGUCAAGACUGAGGCAGACCCUUCAAAGCACAGCGUUCUAAUUUCUCUCACAGCUUGUCUGCAAACGCCUUGCGUACUGAGGUGGGGCAUGGUCGACAUCAUGGGAAGAAGACAGACGGAGCUGCAGCGGAAGGGGGAGGGUGCGAGCGCACCUUCCGUACAGACAGCGAAAGGUGGAAGAUACCAGUGGAUAUGUCCUCCGCCUGAGGUCAGACCUCCUCACACAGUUGUGGCAGAUCCUCAACGCGCUUGUGAAACUCCCUUCGAAGACUCUGCUGACGGCCUUUUACAGCAUCUAGAGAUCCAUGUCCCAGCAACGAAAACUCCCCCUCUCUUUGAAGGAGACCCUGGCAUUGAACCUCUGUUUGACGGCUUCGCCUGUUGCCUCAGAGAAAGAAACGCUGACAGAUGGUACAAAGCUAUUGACAAUAGAGACAUACAGGUACGCUUGCUGGAUGUCGAGAACGUGCCAGUGAAAGGUGAAAAUCGCGAGUAUCUCGAGAAGAUUGUGGAGGCUGAGGUGGAGUGGCAGCACAUGACAUUGAUGCAUCGCUACAACCUGAUGCGCGAGUUCUAUGAAUCCUUUGCGAGGCGCUCCGAGGCAAGGCUUAUCUCAUCUCCAGAAUAUGGCACGCGAGCGCAAAGGGUUGCGGAGCUUGUGCGGACCUGGUCCCAUAGGCAGUGGGAGGGGGACGAGGCGCCCUUGCCUGAGGGUUUUGGUGCCCCGAUGGGGAAGGCUCGUGCCGCUCACGAUGCUGUAGCAUAUGAGGAUCUAGCUACGGCUGAGGCGGCUGAAGAGACGGAGUUCUGGGAGCUAAUGUUCACGUGGGCUCGAUUUGCAUUUUUGGGGUUGCUGGACUGGCAAAGAAACUACAACACAAAGCCCCGAGAGCUAGCUCAUGCAUGCGAAUCGCUGACAUUCUAUGCCGCUAGACUCUGGCGCAGUCACCCGUCUCACCGCCACUUGAUUCGAGGGUGCCUCAGCACUAUGGGAAGAGGUGGCUCGCAGGGUCAGGCAAUAAGAGACAGAAUUCUAGAGAUCAUGCAUAAGCACCAUAUACCGGAACAUGGCUCAUUUUACGAGCAGUGGCAUCAGAAGCUCCAUAACAACACCACUCCAGACGACAUCGGCAUAUGCAGAGCAGUAAUCGCUUAUCUCGAGAGCCGCGGGGAUAUUUCUUCGUUUUGGCGUGUGCUGGGUGACCACGGUAUUACCAGAGAGCGGCUCGCGAGCUAUGAAAGGAAGAUUACAAUGGAGCCUCACAUGGUGCACACGGAUAUAAACGAGCUUAUCAACGACUUUAAGUCUUACCUCAGCGUGAUACAGGAUGUUCACGAUGCUAGGGAUGCGCGGAAAGCAUUCGACUACGCGCGGGCACACCUUGCUGGAGAUACUGCCCACAUGGUAGAAGCAGUGUUGGGGGAGAUGGGCCAACGGACAGAUGGUAUGGGGUCCGGGGAGCUCCACAGUCGGUUUGUGCGUUUAUCGGAAGUUCGUCGGCGCAUAUGUUUCCAACUCAACGAAAAUGGUGGCCUUAACACUUCUGAUGAUUCCAAGAUCGCUGGUACGAGAGAGUUGCUGAUGCUUGACUUCGUCCUGGAGCAGCAGCAGGGAUUGCUGUUGCAAGCUACGGCCUCUUUUGAUGCUCAGCAGCUUGCGACACAUCUGCGAGAACUCCUACUCUGUCUUUCUGCGCACGAUCCAUUCAAUGUUGAGCUGACGAACCUGUGCGCCGAUUGGCAGCAUUUAUCUGGAGACCUCGCAUCUAGUUGCGCCUGUGGAGACAGCUCCAUAAACGAAUGCCGCGAGGCAGCGCUUCUCUUGAAGGCCCUUGUAGACCGACUUUCUCGAUUCGUAGGUAAACAAGUGGACUCCGUGCAAGAGGGCCUUGGGCCAAAAGCGCAGUAUUUGGGAGCCCAAGUGGGGACCGACAAGAAGGUGCUUGACUUUUUCGUGGACGAGGUGCUUCGUGGCUCCUCGCUGCUCAGCAUUUCAUUUUCCAUCAAGCGACUGGAGCCACUGCUAAGAAAAGCCGCGAGCCUACCAGCAUGGCAGCUCAUCUCGGUUGUUGAGCGGGUCAGGGGUGAUUUUGUUACUAUUAACGAGCUCGCGGGCAUCCAGGACAAGGUAUUCGAUUCGCCAACAAUAUUGCUUUGCAAUGCUGUAAGUGGCGAGGAAGAGAUUCCCGAAGGCGUACAAGCUGUUCUUGUCCGUUCUGCGGCGGUUUCCCCGGACAUACUCAGUCAUGUGUCUGUCCGCGCAAGAAAUGCCCAUGUGCUCUUGGCAGUCUGCUUCGACGAGGCAGAGAGUAGCGAGCUGGAGCGGCUUGCCGGGCAGUGGGUUGAGAUUCAAUGCACGCGCGACGGCAGCAGCUUAAAAGUGGCACCUGCGUCGAAGUGGAAGCCUGACCCGUUGGUCCAGAGGACCUGUUCAAGUCUCUUUGACCGUAAGGCAUCGCAGCUAGUGAUGGAAACUCAUGAAGAGGAAGAAAUUCGAAAAUCCAUUAAGCACGCUGACAGGAAUGUCGCCAUCCUGGAUGCCUCUAUGGAUGCUCCUUGGGCCAUAACUCCAGAGAAAUUUACAUCGUCUUUAGUUGGGUCGAAAUCUCUUAAUAUCUUCAAGUUAAUGUCAUCUCUUCCAAACGGUGUGCUGACUCCAGCCUCAGUAGCUUUGCCUUUUGGCAGCCUGCAGCGCACACUGCAUGCACCUGAGAAUGAGCAGGCACUGGCUUCACUAAGUGAUGCAUUAAGGCGGCUGUCGAUUCGUCUCAAGAACUCGGAAGCCGAAGCUAUUUUCGAGAUAUGCCGCAAGUCUAUUGCAAAUAUAUCAGUCCCUAAGGAACUUCGCGAGGCGCUGAAGGAGGCGCUUCAAAGUAGCGAUGCACAAGGCGGGACCAGCGGAGAUUCCAGCGCCAACAUGAGUCGGCGUCCUCACCUCCUAGAUCUUUGGAAGAAGAAUGGUGAUAAGAAAUGCACAGAAGCCUUGGUCCAAGUGUGGGCUUCGCUCUUUGGACUACGUCCCUGGAUUUCACUCACAAAAGCAUCAAGAGAUUAUUGCGAACUCAAUAUGGCAGUUCUCGUGCAGGAGCUUCUUCCCGUUCGUUAUUCUUUCGUUUUGCACACGAAGAAUCCGUUUUCACAGGACGCUGAGGAACUGUACGGAGAAAUGGCCCCAGGACUUGGAGAGGUCAUUGUGGGCAAUUAUGCGGGUCGAGCUUUAGGGUGGACGCAGAAGCGUUGUGGGGAGGCAAAAGUGAUUGCAUUUCCAAGCAAGAGCGUCGCUCUGACGUGCGAUCCGUGUUUAAUUUUCCGUUCGGACUCGAACGGUGAAGACCUCGAAGGGUUUGCAGGGGCGGGCUUAUUCGAGUCUAUUCCGGCGGAAAAGGCCGUUUGGCUACCAUUGUGUUACUGGAGGCAACGCCUUGUUAGCGACAGAGAUUACAGACAAGCAUUGCUGUCGAAGAUCAGCAAGAUUGGGUUUCUGGUUGAAGAGGCGUACGGAGCCCCGCAAGACAUUGAGGGAGUGGUCAUUGGUGAAGAUACAAUUGCCCUUGUGCAAACUCGGCCGCAGGUUUAG